AUGUUGACUCCAGAAGAAGAAGAUGGAGCAGGAUAUAUAAUCAAAGGAGAUGAAGAAACUCCAAUGAUCAAAGAAGAGGGGGAAGUCGGAGGAGAAGUAGAACAAGAGAAACCAAUGCAUUUACCAAGUAUGAUUAGUAUUAUGGCAAUUGGAUUCAUUGCAAAUGUAGAGUAUGGUAUUGUGAUGCCUUCGGUAUGGCAGUUUAUCGUUUCGUUGGAUGGUACAAAUAAUACGCUUGGUUGGGCACUCAGUGGAUUCUCAUUGGCACAACUUAUAUUCCUGCCAUUGAUUGGGUUCUGGGCCGACAAGAGAACGUUGCGUGAAGCGAUUUGUGUCAGUUUGUUGGUUGGUAUAUCUGGUAAUCUUGUCUAUGCAAUGUCAGUCUCUCCGUUGAUGAUUAUCGCCGGUCGUCUCAUUGCAGGUAUUGGAAGUGCCAACAUGGCACUCACCAACAGUUACAUUGCAUCGGUAUCAACCAAAGAGCAACGAACUCGUUAUAUGGCCAAAGUCAACGGUAUCAAUGCCAUUGGAUUGGUGGCAGGUCCCAUAUUUAAUCUUGCACUCGCCAAAUUAAACUCUUCGUUUUGGAUUAAAAAUGUACACUUUGUAUUCGACCCUUUACGUGGACCUGGUUGGAUGCUCUCUGUCCUACUCUUUUUAUGUCUCAUUUCAUUUAUUUUCUUUAAAGAACCUACUUUUAAUGAAAAACAACAAGCUCAAGGAGUAGAAACUAAAUCAACUAAACCAACAACAACAACAACUACUCAACAACAAUCGACAAAUAAUUAUAGUGAAAAAACACAUUUAUUAAUUAAUAAUAAUAAUAGUAAUAAUAAUGAUGGCGCAAACAAUAAUAAUAUUAAUAAUAGUGACUAUAAUUAUAAUAAUUAUAAUAGUAAUAAUAAUAAUAAUCAAAACGUUUCAAGAUCAAAUAGUAGAAAUGAUAGAUCAACACCAACUAGUCCAAUAACUAGUAUGAAUAAUUAUAGUAAGAAAUAUAAUAAUCAAUCAAAGGCACAAUCCAAUGUAAAUUCAAUAUCCAACAUAUCAUCUGCAUCCUACCAUUUUUCAAUUAUUUAUGGACAACAAAUUCAAGGUGGCGAUCAUCAACAAGAUCUUGCCAACCCUUUUCCAAAAAGAGAGGAUACCUUUUUCAAGAAACUAUUCAAAUUGGUCAAUGCAUCGUUGUUGACCUGUUUCUUGAUCAAUUUUGUACAAAACUUUGUGUUUGGAGCUUUAGAGACACUUAUCACGCCAAUCACCCAUCAGCAAUACAAUUUCGAUACGCUAGAUAAUUCAGUCAUGUAUUCAGUCAUCUCUGGUGAGGUGAUUAUAUUCAUUUUUGCUACAGUGUUUGCUGCCAACAAGGGUAUUCAAGACAAGUAUCUCAUUCUAUUUGGACAAGUCUUUUUGGGUGCUGGUCUUGCCAUGUUGUUGGUCUUUUUCGGUGGCCCUGCUACUCGUCACGUUGAACUAUGGAAAUUUGCUCUAUCAGUCAUCAUCACCACGAUGGGUAUCCCUACCCAAAACACCAGUAUCUAUUCUCUCUAUUCAAAACUACUGAAUCGUAUCUAUGGAGAGAAUGAACCACAGGGUUUCCAAACUGGAUUCAUGAUGCUCAUGGGUAGCGGUGCUAGAAUCCUCGGUCCACUACUCGCUGGUUAUGGUUUGGAUAUGGCCAAUAGAUUCCCACUCUUUAUCUUUUGUCUAUCACUCUGGGUGUUUGAUAUUGGUGUAACUCUAAUCUUUUGGAAGAAAUUAACUUUUAUUACAAAACCUGGUCAAAAGGCAACUAUUGUUGCUCAUUAA